GCGCGGAAGAAAAACCAGCAAGAAGGCGGCGGGGGAAGAUGGCGGUCCUGGGAUGCCGGCUAUGGCGAACAGGAACUGGAUGCCAACUCUGCCCUUAUGGAAUUGGACAAAGACGCUGUCACCUCACCUGUAUUCCAACAUACCUGAAUUCUCAGACCAUCAAAAAAGUUUGUCAAGAAAGACCACAGAUUGCUUUUACAUUAUCGAUAUGGCUCAGAUGUCGUUGGUGUUUCAGUAAACAAAUAUGAGGCCUUUGGGGAAGUAUCUUCAUAGGCCCUCCUCAAGAGAAAGGCCUCAGCAGCCAGAUUUGUUCCAGGCCUGAGAUCUGGCAAACUUGGUGAACAGUGUGAAGCAGUUGUUCGCUUUCCCAGACUUUUUCAGAAGUAUCCAUUCCCUAUUCUUAUCAAUUCUGCAUUCCUAAAGUUAGCUGAUGUUUUCAGAGUUGGAAAUAAUUUCCUGAGGCUAUGUGUUCUUAAAGUUACCCAACAAAGUGAGAAACAUUUGGAGAAGAUUCUAAAUGUGGAUGAAUUUGUGAAGAGAAUUUUUUCUGUGAUUCAUAGUAAUGAUCCUGUGGCAAGAGCCAUCACCCUCCGGAUGUUGGGAAGUCUGGCAUCAAUAAUUCCUGAGAGGAAGAAUGCUCAUCAUAGUAUUCGUCAGAGUUUAGAUUCACAUGAUAAUGUAGAAGUUGAAGCUGCUGUUUUUGCUGCUGCAAACUUCUCUGCACAGUCAAAGGAUUUUGCUGUAGGAAUCUGUAACAAAAUCAGUGAAAUGAUUCAAGGUUUAGCAACACCAGUAGACUUGAAGCUAAAAUUGAUACCCAUUCUACAGCACAUGCACCAUGAUGCAAUCUUGGCUUCCAGUGCUCGUCAGCUUUUACAACAGCUGGUCACAUCCUAUCCGUCCACCAAAAUGGUGAUUGUGUCUUUGCACACUUUCACUCUGCUUGCAGCUUCAUCUUUGGUUGAUACACCUAAGCAGAUUCAGCUUCUGUUGCAGUAUUUGAAGAAUGAUCCCAGGAAGGCAGUAAAGAGACUUGCUAUUCAAGAUCUGAAAUUACUUGCUAAUAAAACACCACAUACUUGGAGUAGGGAGAAUAUUCAGGCACUUUGUGAGUGUGCCCUCCAGACUCCUUAUGACAGCUUAAAACUAGGGAUGUUGUCUGUCCUUUCCACACUAUCAGGGACCAUCGCCAUCAAACAUUACUUCAGUAUAGUUCCAGGAAAUGUGAGUUCUUCUCCCAGAUCUUCUGAUUUAGUCAAAUUAGCCCAAGAGUGCUGUUACCAUAAUAACAGGGGCAUUGCAGCUCAUGGAGUUAGAGUCCUAACUAAUAUAACUGUUUCUUGUCAAGAAAAGGAUCUUUUGGCACUGGAACAAGAUGCUGUCUUUGGCCUGGAAUCCCUACUGGUACUUUGUAGUCAAGAUGAUAGUCCAGGUGCUCAGGCCACUUUAAAGAUUGCUCUAAACUGUAUGGUGAAGUUGGCCAAGGGCAGGCCCCAUCUUAGCCAGUCAGUGGUUGAGACCUUGUUGACUCAAUUGCACAGUGCUCAAGACGCUGCCCGGAUUUUGAUGUGCCAUUGCCUGGCAGCCAUUGCCAUGCAACUGCCAGUGCUGGGUGAUGGGAUGCUUGGUGACCUCAUGGAGCUGUACAAGGUGAUUGGACGAUCAGCCACAGACAAGCAGCAAGAACUUCUGGUGAGUUUGGCUACUGUGAUUUUUGUUGCAAGUCAGAAGGCAUUGUCUGUGGAAAGUAAGGCAGUAAUUAAGCAGCAGCUUGAAAGUGUCUCCAAUGGAUGGACUGUAUACCGUAUUGCCAGACAGGCUUCCAGAAUGGGUAAUCAUGACAUGGCCAAAGAGCUUUAUCAGAGUUUGCUGACUCAGGUUGCCUCAGAACACUUCUACUUCUGGCUAAAUAGUUUGAAGGAGUUUUCACAUGCAGAACAGUGUCUCACUGGGUUGCAAGAGGAAAAUUAUAGUUCAGCACUUUCUUGCAUUGCUGAAUCUUUAAAAUUCUAUCACAAAGGGAUUGCUUCCUUAACAGCAGCUAGUACACCACUGAAUCCUUUAAGCUUUCAGUGUGAAUUUGUAAAACUCAGGAUUGACCUUUUACAAGCCUUCUCUCAACUUAUCUGUACUUGUAAUAGCCUGAAGACAAGCCCACCACCUGCAAUUGCCACAACAAUUGCCAUGACCUUAGGAAAUGACCUCCAGAGGUGUGGUCGCAUCUCCAAUCAGAUGAAACAGUCCAUGGAAGAAUUUCGAAGCCUUGCUUCUCGAUAUGGAGAUCUUUACCAGGCAUCUUUUGAUGCUGACUCAGCAACUUUGAGGAAUGUUGAACUACAGCAGCAGAGCUGUUUACUGAUAUCUCAUGCAAUAGAAGCCCUGAUUUUGGAUCCAGAAUCAGCAAGUUUCCAGGAAUAUGGAUCUACUGGAACAGCCCAUGCUGAUAGUGAAUAUGAAAGAAGAAUGAUGUCUGUAUAUAAUCAUGUCUUGGAGGAGGUAGAAUCACUCAAUCGGAAAUAUACCCCCGUUUCUUAUAUGCAUACAGCAUGCCUCUGCAAUGCCAUCAUUGCUUUGCUGAAAGUUCCCCUUUCUUUCCAGAGAUAUUUUUUCCAGAAACUACAGUCUACCAGCAUCAAGCUUGCUCUGUCACCAUCGCCCCGGAAUCCUGCAGAGCCCAUUGCUGUCCAGAAUAACCAGCAGCUGGCGCUAAAGGUAGAGGGAGUGGUUCAGCACGGAUCUAAACCAGGACUCUUUCGCAAAAUUCAGUCUGUCUGUCUGAAUGUUUCUUCCACACUGCAGAGUAAAUCUGGACAAGACUACAAGAUACCCAUUGACAACAUGACCAAUGAGAUGGAGCAAAGGGUUGAACCUCAUAAUGAUUACUUCAGUACUCAAUUUCUGUUGAACUUUGCUAUCCUUGGAACACACAACAUUACAGUGGAAUCUUCUGUGAAAGAUGCCAAUGGUAUAGUAUGGAAGACUGGUCCCAGAACUACCAUAUUUGUAAAAUCCCUGGAAGACCCUUAUUCCCAGCAAAUUCGCUUACAACAGCAGCAAGCCCAGCAGCCAUUACAGCAGCAGCAGCAACGCAAUGCCUACACACGGUUUUAACCAUGGAAUGAAUGCACUGCAGACUCUCAAGAGAUCAAUCAAAUUGCCAGAAACAGUUUGCUUUUUCAUAUGGAAUAAGUAUUAAAGUUACAGUGUAGUUCAUUUAUUCAUUGAUUUUUGUAAUGUAAUAUUCUGGAAAAAAUUUCGUUUUCUUAAAAAUUUUGUCUGACAGCUGGGUGUGGUUGCUCACGCCUGUAAUCCCAGCACUUUGGGAGGCUGAGGUGGGCGGCUCACGAGGAGAUCAAGACCAUCCUGGCUAACACAGUGAAACCCCAUCUCCACUAAAAAAUACAAAAAAAUUAGCCGAGCGUGGUGGCAGGCGCCUGUAGUCCCAGCUACUUGGGAGGCUGAGGCAGGAGAAUGGUGUGAACCUGGGAGGCGGAGCUUGCAGUGAGCCGAGAUCACGCCACUGCGCUCCAGCCUGGGUGACAGAGCGAGACUCCGUCUCAAAAAAAAAAAUAAAUACAUUUUGUCUGAAAAA